AUGUUACUUCGAUUGCAACAAUUGCCACGAAAAAGCAGCUCUCUCAUCUUUACUAUCACUAGCAAGCGAUUCUUAAAUGCGCCUACCAGAGUCCGUUUUGCUCCCAGUCCAACGGGUCAGUUGCAUUUGGGUGGUUUGAGAACGGCUCUUUUCAAUUACUUGCUUGCAAAGAAGACGGGUGGACAAUUCAUACUUCGUAUCGAGGACACAGAUCAAACUAGAUAUGUGGAAGGUGCUGUCGAAAGUUUAGUCAAAGCCUUAAAAUGGGCUGGUAUUCCCCAUGAUGAAGGGCCAAAUGUAGAAGGACCUCAUUCACCUUAUUAUCAGUCUGAGCGAACAGAGUUAUACAGGGAGCAUGCCAAAAGGUUGGUUGAAUCAGGACAUGCCUAUAGAUGCUUCUGUACACCUGAGAGAUUGAGCCGAGUCAAAGAAGCCAGACAAAAGAAAGGCAACUACAUUGCAUACGACAAGCAUUGCUCUUAUUUGAGUGACGAGGAGAUCCAGGAGGGUUUGGACAAGAAACUGCCAUAUACGAUACGGUUGAUGACGCCGUACGAAGGAUCAACAGAGCACAACGAUUUGGUAUAUGGAAAGAUCAACUUUAGCAACAAGACGAUAGACGACACAAUCCUGAUCAAGAGUGAUGGCUAUCCUACAUAUCAUUUGGCCAAUGUCGUCGACGAUCAUUUGAUGAAAAUCACACAUGUUUUGAGAGGAGAGGAAUGGCUUUCAUCCACACCCAAGCACAUCUUAUUGUACAAGGCUCUUGGAUGGACACCACCAUUAUUUGCUCAUUUGCCACUUUUGCUAAACCCAGAUGGAUCGAAAUUGUCAAAAAGAUCAGGCGAUGUUCAUGUAGAGCAUUACAUUGAGAAGGGCUAUUUACCAGAGGCCAUUGACAACUUUGUGGCACUACUAGGAUGGCAUCCCAAUGACAAUAGCGAGGCGUUGUUUACCAUGAAAGAAUUGAUUGAACAAUUCGACAUCCAAGACAUCAACCAUUCUGGCGCCGUUGUAGACCAUCAAAAAUUAGACUGGAUCAACAAGCAUCAUAUAUUGAAACGUGCACAGACGAAAGAUGGCCUCAGCAGCCUAGUUGACAUCUUGAAGCCCUUUGUGGACAGACAGUAUAUCUCAGCUUUGCAAGGAACACCAAGCGAAUACAGAUUGGAAUCGAAUUAUCUCUCGCAAGUGAUUGACACCAUCAAGGAGCGUAUUCGCAACGUGUCAGAUAUACCAACACUCUGCAGUUACUACUUUGAAGAACCCAACUAUGAAUCUACAGAUGCAUUAGCAUUGAAAAAGAAGCUGAAACAGCCAGCAGUGGACCUAAUCAACAAAGCUGAAUUUAUUCAAGAAUUCAAGUCAAUCGAGCCAUUUGACGCCGCAACGAUCAAGCCUUGGCUCUAUUCGCUGGCAGAAUCCAAAGGCAUGAAUCCAAAUCAUCUCAUGAUGGCAUUACGAUAUAAAGUCACUGGAUCCAGAGUUGGAGCAGGUGUUGCAGAGACGAUCCAAACGCUAGGCAAAGACACGACCAUCCGUAGAUUAGAAAACCAAAUAUGA